UUGUAAACGGUCAAACACCCGUAUGUACUCGCAGCUUUCUCCGGUAUACACAGCGGAAACAUGUCGGUAAGGAGAGAACCCAGCGGAGGAACUGCGUCCAUGAAAUGUACACCUGAGACAUAAACUGCCCGGGUGGACGUUGGCUUUUAGUAGAGUUAGCAACUGCGAGGGUUACGUUACUAUUUCACGGAAGCGGACCAGUCGCGAGCGAAUGGACGGAUAAAGAGAGACAGCCGGGGAUUGAAAAGAAGAAGUAGCCGAGCAGGCAGGCGGCCGGGGCCGGGUAGAGAGAGAGAGACGACAGCGUGUUGUGCUCAAAACAAGACGUGCUUGCUGCUUGCUAGGGGAUGUUAUCCGUACUGUCUUAUGGCAGACUGGUAGCCAGGGCUGUCCUGGGCGGACUGUCUCAGACGGACAGUCGGGACUACAGCCUGAUCUCCGCCAGCUGUGGCUUCGGUAAAGACUUUCGUAAGGGGAUCCUGAAGAAAGGGAUGUGCUACGGAGAUGAUGCCUGCUUCAUUGCGCAGAACAAGAACGCAGAUGUUUUAGGUGUUGCAGAUGGCGUAGGUGGAUGGCGUGACUACGGUGUCGACCCGUCUCAGUUCUCCGCCACAUUAAUGAGAACCUGUGAGCGACUGGUGAAGGAGGGACGCUUCACUCCCAGUAACCCAGUGGGUAUCCUGACGUCCGGCUACUUUGAGCUGCUACAGAACAAAGUUCCCCUGCUAGGGAGCAGCACAGCCUGUAUCGUGGUUCUGGAUCGACGGAAUCACCGGCUACACAUGUGUAACCUCGGAGACUCAGGUUUUCUCGUGGUUCGGGGAGGAGAGGUGGUACAUCGCUCAGAUGAGCAACAGCACUACUUUAACACGCCCUUCCAGCUAUCCAUCGCUCCUCCUGGAGCUGAAGGAGUGGUGCUCAGUGACAGUCCAGAAGCAGCUGACAGCUCCUCCUUUGACGUGCAGCUCGGUGACAUCAUCCUGACGGCAACCGAUGGUCUUUUUGACAACAUGCCAGACUACAUGAUUCUUCAAGAGCUCAAAAAACUCAAGACUAGCAACUAUGACAGCGUCCUGCAGACUGCACAGAGUAUUGCAAAGCAAGCUCACGACCUUGCCUACGACCCCAAUUAUAUGUCUCCUUUUGCACAGUUUGCCUGUGACAAUGGCCUGAAUGUGAGAGGAGGGAAGCCAGAUGAUAUCACGGUGCUGCUGUCCGUUGUGGCUGAAUAUACAGACUGAAAGUGUGUCUGAGAGUGUGUGCACGCUUCUCUGGGGCUGAUCCUCCCUUCCCGUCUGCCUGAGUCUUCCACCUGUAGCCCUCCCAAAAAAUGCACUGCAUCCUGUGGGCUGACAGGGGAGGGGGCCCACAAACACGACGCACACUCCUCGCUGCGGGGCCGGUGUUCACCUGUGUACAUUUGUGUUUUUUCUUCCUCUUGUUUUUGGUGUUUGAAUGGUUGAGAGGAAGCAGGCAGCUAGGACAUUUUCAUGUUGAUCAUGAUGCCGGAGGAGUUGAGUACGACGGGCUGAGGGAUGCCUUUUUAGGGGAUGUGACUGGGAGACGGUCCAGUUUGGUUCGACUGAGGGCUUUUAAACCUGGUAGACCUUGUGUAUACAAAGCGAUAUCAUAAACGGUGUAAGCCACAGUUUGGAAUUCUUGGGAGAGAAGUGAUAGAGUUGACUAGCUGUCUCUGUUGUUCCAGUUGAUAAUCUGUUCCUUGUUGUAAAUGUGUUUUGAACAAAGCAUAAAUAUGGAGUGAGGAAGCUGAUGUUGGGAAUAGAUGAGUGUUAUUAAAGAAUGGGAUUUGAGAGUUUUUGGUGUCAUGGGUAUUUGAACAAUAGAAAGGUAAACUAGUAAUUGCUCAGAUCAAGGAAACCUGUAAAGGGAAACCAUAACACUUGUUUGAGCUUACAUGUGAAGGUUGAUCAGUUUGUAUCACUUGGUUCGGGAAUCUCUCUGCACACAUCCUGAUAAGUUGUAAAUAUUUUUGUGUUUUUAAGGCUUCGUUCUGGCCUUUCUCUUAUAUUUCGUUACUGUUGUGGAUGAUGUACACAUGGUUCAUAAAUAUAUAUUCUUGUAUAGAUGGUAAUCUUGAAGUGAGCUUUAUCAAUCCCACACUUCCACUCGCUGAAUUGAACAAGAAGAUCUUUGCUGAGAUUGAUUGCUGCAACAGUCGUGUGGUAGGAGGGAUGUGAGAUGUGUGAGUGUGGUAUACAUGUGAGAUGUCAUUAUUGGCAUGUGCGGUGUAUUUAAUGUUAAUAUUUCUUUUCUCGCAAAGAUAAAGCUAGCAUCUGGGAAUGCUUACAAUUGCAAUGAUAGGUCAGGUAUGAGUUUAAAGGAAAAAGAUGUAUUUUUUUAACGCUAGUUUUUCAAGUUAGUUUGGAGUGGCUGCUGAUAUGAAAUAUGUUGUGGAUGACAGAUUCAGCUAUCUUAACAAGAAUCGGGUGUUUGUGUGUCAAAUUUGUUUUAUUUCUCAGUUCCUUAUUUCCUUUUUACAUUUGUUCGCUGCUUCUUUUAUGUAACCGUUGUCUGUAUAUAACGUGACAUGACUUCUAUGGUCACCAUGAUUGUAGCGAGUGUGUAAAUGUGUGUGCUGCAUCAAAUUGCAUAAGUCAAAUGCAUUGAUGGUACUGUUCUGCUCAUGAUAGUCUGUCCCUUUUUGUCCAACAGCUCACCCAAGUGGAUUUGACAAUAUCUUUACAGUUUAAAAGCGGGUGCCACCAAAGACGCAUUUUCUUUGUGUAUGUCAUACACAACGCUUUGUUGAUACAAACAUCGUACGGCAAUACUGUAAAUUCCUUGUGCUCUGAAUCUUGUGUGAUGGCCAGAUAAAAAUGUUUGUUCUAUGCCUAAAGUUGUUUUAUCAGGGCAUAAACUGUAUUAUAAUCUUGGUUUAAGUUAUAUGUGACUGGUUGCAACAAAGGUUAAGACAAGUUUAUGAAACCAAAGAAGGAAAGCCAUAUAUAAACACGUGAUUAUGGCACUGCUCUGUAGGCCCUGCUGUAAAGAUAACAUGGUGUUUCUUCCUCACUCAUAAAGGACACAAUUAUUAUUAGAAUAUUAUCUGCCCUACUGUCAGCAUUGUUCUUUCUGCAUGGUUUCUUUCUCAGCUAUUGGCACCAUUUUACAAAGUUAACUCACACAGUUGUCUGUUUUUGUAUUGUUGGUUUAUAAAUGGUGUGUAAAGGUUCUGAACUUGUAUUUACUUCAAAGAUAGCCCUAUAUUUGACAGAGAGAUGUAACCCAUAUGCAGAAGGUGGUGGUGGGGAGAUAGGUAACGGUGCUGUGAGCUCACAGUACGAGUGUGAGCACAGUUUCAGCCUUAACAAAUAGCUAGACCUGCAAUCAAGAGGCCUUUCCUGUCAUUGCAAGCUUGUCUCGUCUCCGUCAUGUUGCCCAGUGUUUGAUGUAAAUGAAAGUUUUCCCCCGGUCUUUCUCUCCUGUGAAGUUGUUCUCAAAGGUGCUUCUGCAGUCUGUAUGGUAUGAUUGUUCUCUUUUUAGCAAGCGAUGUUUGUGUGUAUGAAAGAUACACCUAUGUGUAAAGUGUAACAAUGCAGGUCUAAUUUAUGUAAAUAUGUUUUAAAUAUGUACAAUAUUUAAAUAAAGAAUCUAGUAUUUAUACUAAA